AUGAGCGUUAACGUUUUUUAUUUAUUGUUGGAAUUGGUUAAACCAUUUUUAAGAAAAAAUAAUUGGAGAGCUUUGUGCCCAGAUCAACGACUGUCUUUGACUUUGAGAUAUCUGGCUACUGGUGAUCAACUGCUUUCGAUCGCUUUUGCAUAUAGAAUCGGAGAGUCAACAGUAUCUUCGGUCAUUAAGCACACUUGUACCGUAUUAAGCAAAGUAUUGGCCCCACUAUAUGUAGUCCCUCCAACGUCAGAAAAAUGGGAACAAAUUGCUGCAGAUUUUCUUAGAGAUUGGAAUAUUCCGAAUUGCGUUGGAUCGUUCGAUGGAAAACACGUACACAUUCAAGCUCCGCCAAAUUCUGGAAGCGUCUACUUUAACUAUAAAAAAAGUUUCAGCAUUGUCCUAAUGGCUGCUUGCGAUUCUAAUUAUAAAUUUACUCUUAUUGACGUUGGUACUAAUGGCAGUAUUAGCGACGGGAGCAUAUUUGCUUCAUCUGAAAUAGGCCAAGCAGUUAAAUAUGAAACAUUGAACGUGCCACAAGGGCAGAUACAACUUCCUGGCAGUAAUCAAUCAACGCCAUAUUUUUUCAUCGGUGAUCAAGCUUUUCCACUGAUGAAAAAUUUUAUGAGGCCCUACGCUGGACGAAGAUUGGAAGAAAAAAAGCAAAUAUUUAAUUAUAGAUUAUCUCGUGCUAGAAGAACGAUAGAGAACGCAUUCGGAAUACUUUCUGCACGUUGGAGAGUUUAUCGUCGACCAAUUUGUUUGGAUUUAAACGCCGUUGAUAAGAUAGUAAUAAGUACUGUAUGUCUCCAUAAUUUUUUAAAGACACAGGAUGAAAAGCAUACGCCGGAAAAACGAUUAUACUGUCCACCACUCUUUGUUGAUUCAGAAUUAGAAAACGGUCAAGUAAUUGAAGGAACUUGGAGGAAUGAACAGAUGCAAUCACAACGUUUACAACCUACUGGUGCACAUCGAGCGAGCAGAAACGCAAUGGAGCAACGUGACAUUUUAGCAGAUUACUUUGUAACCCAAGCAGGAGAGAUUCCAUGGCAGUAUGACUAUAUUAGAAGAGGGACAAACAGAGACUAAACAAAUAAUACA